AUGCGAUUGAGCUCGGUCGUGUCGGUGCAGGACGUUGAGGAUGCGUACAGCUUGCACUGCGAGGCACUGAAGCAAUCGUCAGUGGACCCGUCAACUGGUCGUGUCGAUAUAAAUAUUCUGGCGGCGGGAAUGAGUGCCACCAAUCGUAAACUGAUCCAGCACCUUUCCGAUGCAAUCACCUCGGAAUUGGCCAACAAAAAGGGUGUUUCGAUACCCAUUAAGAAGCUUAUCGUUCAGCUGAGACAGUCUGAUAUUUCGUUCAGCAGAGAUUUGCUCGAAGAGGCCAUCAAUAAUUUGGUAAAGAACGAAAAUGUGGUUCGUCUUGGGGAUAGAAUUCGUUACGUUUCGAAUGAUUGA